AUGGCGCAAAUGCGAGGACCAGGCAGCUACGGCAUUGGGGCCCCCAACAUGUUCGCGGCGACGAAUGACGACACCGCCGAGUCGAGUCCGCUCGACGCCAUAAGAAAACAGACCAGCAAGAUUGAGGACGUGUUGGACACAUUCAGCGAGCCCAUAAAGCCCUAUCUUCCCGCCAUCGGCCGCUUCCUGAUCGUCGUCACCUUCAUCGAGGAUGCUCUCAGAAUAAUAACACAAUGGAACGAUCAGCUGCUCUACCUGCACGACUACCGUCACAUUCCCUAUGGAAUUACGCACCUGUUCUUGAUUGUUAACGUCAUCGCAAUGGUGUCAUGUUCGACUCUUGUCAUCAUCCGGAAAUAUUCCGAGUACGCCGUCGGCGGCCUGAUUGGCGUCGUGGUGACCCAGGCCCUUGGCUACGGACUUAUCUUUGACCUUAACUUCUUCCUGCGCAACCUGUCCGUCAUGGGCGGCUUGCUGAUGGUGCUCUCGGACUCGUGGGUGCGCAAGACCAAGGCCUUCGCCGGCCUGCCGCAGCUCGAGGAGAAGGACCGCAAGAUGUACUUCCAACUGGCCGGCCGCGUGCUGCUCAUCUUCCUCUUCAUCGGCUUCGUCUUCAGCGGCCAGUGGUCCGUGUGGCGCAUCGCUACCUCGCUCAUCGGUCUCGUCGCCUGCGUCAUGGUUGUCGUCGGUUUCAAGGCUAAGUUUAGCGCCACUCUUCUGGUCGUCAUCCUGAGCAUCUUCAACAUCUUGGUUAACAACUUCUGGACUCUCCAUGACCACCACCCCCAUAAGGAUUUUGCCAAGUACGAUUUCUUCCAGAUUCUUUCUAUUGUCGGCGGUCUUCUGCUCCUGGUCAACAGCGGGCCCGGCCAGUUCAGCAUUGACGAGAAGAAGAAGGUCUACUAA